AUGACCGAAGAAGACCUCAAUGAACGACGAGCAACGGUACCGAGCACGAGCAGCAGCACGAGCCACCAUCAUCCGCACCACAGCCAGCAGCAGCAGCAACAGCAGAAUCAACCAAGUCAGCGCCAGAAUCACCAAUCGCCUUCGAAGCGCCUGCGUCCCUCGACCUCAUCCGGGUCCCAUUCCUCGCCAUCGUCGUCUUCAUCCCCGUCAUCAUCCGCAGCAGUAAAUCCGCAACGUAGCCAGACCCAGUCGUUCGGUGCGAGGCCAGAUUCGGAAGUGGAUCACAAGGAGGACAAACUGAGCCGGCGGCAGCACCGACAUCGAGAGCACCGAGAAGACCAGGACAAGGAAAAAUCCAACCACCACCAACAGCAGCAGCGUAGAAAGUCCCAGCGGCGCCGGAAGCACUCCCUCACCCCCGAGGAGGAAGCGGGUAAACCGGGUCGAGGUGAGUUGCAGAACAAGGCUAGCAUAAUGUUGUAA